AUGGCACGGGUUGCUUCUCGCCGCGCGGUCAAGCCUGCUGUGAAGCCUGUCGCAUCAAACUCGAUCACCAACUACGCUCGGCUUUCCAAGGGUCAAGCUCUUGCCAUCGACAAGCUUGACAAGAAGGUGCUCGCUGCGUGCCUUCCCAACUUCAAGCCUUCUCCCCUCGUCACAGUCACCUCGAUCCACAACUCCAGCGAUGAGGAGAACAGGAAGACCCUCGCAUUCAAACCUUCCUCGGGGCUCGGAGAAAUCAAGUCGACACACAGCAAGAAGAGAAAGGCAACAGCCGAGGACGAGACCUCAAUCACGCUCGCUCUAACCACGACAUCCAAACGCCAACGUAUCAAAUCUGAUGGACCCAGAGGCGAUCUCCCUUCCGCGCCUGCCUGCCAGACAAACCGUUUGACGCAGACUACAAUCACAAUUGCUUCGCCAACACGACGACCUGAAGAAGGACGCCCACAAACGCGACCGCUUCGCCCUUCAUCAUCACCGAUUACGGACGCGGCAAGCUGUGCCCUCGAAAUCGACACGGAGCGGGGGACCGGCCGCAUCGACGAGGACAGCCUCUGCAAGCAGUUUCAGGAGAAUCUGCAUGCCCUGUGUGCCGAGCGCGCGACAGAUGAGAUGUCCGAUCUCGACGUCUCCUUUGAAAGCCUAUCUUUCAACGACCUCCCCAAGGCAGACAUCACCAUGCGUCACCACCUCUCUGCCAUGAAGCAGAACCCCCUGCUAGCCAAGGGCCAGCGCGCAUUGACGGAGCUCAAGCACGGCUUCGUUGUGAAGCAGCAGGAGAAGGAGGCCAAGGCGCAAGCCGCCAAGGAACCCAUUACCAACGCCGACGGCAGCAAAAUGAGCCUGCUCGACCGGCUUCGUGCGAAGGAACUCGCGGCCGCGCAGCUCGACGCGCCUUCGGGGCCUGAGAUUACGAGGAAGCGGGCUUUGCAGCAUGUGUCUGACGUGUCUGCCAUCAUUGGCAUGUUGGUGAACUCUUCCAACCCCGGCAAGGCACCCGUCAAGUCUUUCCCCAUGAGUGUGCUUCAGCAGAAGCUGAAGGAGUCAUUGAGGGUACCGAUGCCCAUUGAGGAGGGUGUGUGUACAGUGAAGCUGAUCGCGAACGAGGUGGCGCCCGAGUGGCUGCGGGUGUUGCCCAUCGGGAGCAAGGAACACGUUGUGGUUCAGACAAGGUGCAAGCCAUGCGAGGCUGAGAUUUCUGCGAGAGUGGGUAGGCUAUGCUGA